AUGUUUGAAAAGCAGAGGAUGAGAAGCAACCUGUAUCCACGGAUAAAAUCCAUCAGGAACACUUUAUUGCCAGGGAGCAGGCAGGAUGGCAAUCGUCACACCUCCACUGGGGCUGACAAACCUGCCAUGGCACCACUCCUUCCACGCCCCUAUUCUCCCUCUGUCCCCUUCUCCCGCGUCUGGGGGCAAGCGGCCAUCUCACGGACCCCACAGCCAGAGUUUGGACCCGGCGACAACUGCCGCCUCGGGGCAAACCGCCAUCUUGUGCCUCUCGGGGCUGAGAGCCGCGCCUCCCCUGGCGCAGCGCGGCGGUACGGACUGCUGCUGUCAGUCCGCGUCGGUGCGGCAGGAGGAGAGGGGGCCCUGUCGCAGUAGCAUCCUGUCUGCAGGGCCGAGCCGGGCCUGCCGGCGGGGACCGCUAGGGACAGCCGGGGCAAGGGGCAGGAGGUCGCCACGGCGCGGCGCAGGCCCGGCGGCCGCAGGAAGGGGAGGGAGGCGGUCGCAGCCAUCAUGCGUGUGCUGCCGGGGUUGGGGCGGCUGCUGGCGGCGCGGGAUUGGGGGCGGCCGCCGCGCCGCUGCCUCACCGCCAUGGCCCGCUACGGCACGGAGCAGCGGGGGCGGCCCAACUCUCCCGAUUACCGCCUCUACUUUAAGAACGCUGAUGGUAAAUAUAUUUCCCCGUUUCAUGAUAUUCCACUCUUUGCUGGAUCCAAAGAGGAUAAAGAGAUUCCUGCAAAGAGGUCAAAGACUACAGGAAAUGAGGUCCUAUUUAAUAUGGUUGUAGAAGUGCCUCGUUGGACAAAUGCAAAAAUGGAGAUUGCCACUGAGGAGCCGUUGAAUCCCAUUAAACAAGAUACAAAGAAAGGCAAGCCUCGAUACGUGGCAAAUAUCUUUCCUCACAAGGGUUAUAUAUGGAAUUAUGGUGCUCUCCCUCAGACCUGGGAAGAUCCAAACCAUACAGAUAACAUUACAGGAUGCUGUGGGGAUAACGAUCCCAUUGAUGUUUGUGAGAUAGGUUCAAAGGUUCGCUCUUCUGGUGAGGUUGUUCAGGUGAAGGUCUUGGGUGUUUUAGCUCUACUUGAUGAAGGAGAGACAGAUUGGAAGAUAAUUGCCAUUGGUGUGGAUGACCCAGAAGCCCAGAAAAUUAAUGAUAUUGAUGAUGUCAGGAAGCACAAACCAGGUUACCUUGAAGCUACGAUUGACUGGUUCCGGUGUUAUAAAGUCCCUGAUGGUAAACCAGAAAAUCGGUUCGCUUUUAAUGGAGAAUUUAAAGACAAGGAUUUUGCUGUUGAAAUUAUUAAAUCAACCCAUGAAUACUGGAAAGCUUUGCUUCAUAAAAAAACGGAAGGAGGUACUGUUAAAUGCACAAAUGUUCUGGUGAGUGGCAGCCCUUUUUGUUGCAGUGAGGAGGAGGCCCGAUCAAUUGUGCAGUCGGCGUCAGUGCCUGCGAAUGGAGAUUCUGUUUGCCCAGAAGUUGAUUCCUGGUACUUUUUUCCACGUGAUCAUUGAAGUGUUCUGAAGCCACAUCUUCAAAUCUUAAGUCAUCCCAUUUUUGAAGAGAGGCACUAAUGGUUGGGUUCCCGUUGUGACAACUUUUCAAACUAUGUAAAUCUUUGAUCAUGUAAAUAAAUGCUGACAUUAUAAAAUUGA